AUGAACUAAAAUUUUUCUCAUUUUAAUUUAGAAAAGCUAGAAGAAACUUAUAAAACGUUUGGUUUGAGAUAUUCUUGUAAUGAGUAUGAUGUAAGAAAAUAGUUUAUCUAGGAAUAUACUUGCAUAAGAAAUAGUAAUGAGAUAUAGUAUUGUGCUCGCAAAUAUAAAAUUGGAAGCAUAGAUGAUGAAAGGUUUAAAGCAUUGAAGAGAAUCAAGCUUUACAAUAUUUUGCCUGUAUUUGAUUAGUACUUAGAUUCAUAAACAAUU